GAUUUUUGCAAAUUCUGAUGUAAAUAUUUUUAUCAGUUGCUUUUCCAAGAUUUUUAUGAGAUUACAGAAAUUAUUAGCUAAAAAUGGUGUUCAAGUGCCAGGAGGACAGUUUUCUAAAGGAAUACACCGCUAAGGUGGUAGCUUGUGAAAAGGUCGUCAGUGGCGGAUUCCAAGUUACGUUCGAAGACACCGUACUUUUCCCGGAAGGCGGCGGCCAACCCUCGGAUCACGGUUGGCUGAACGGAACUGAAGUCCGGAAUGUUAUCCGUAAGGGAGCGACCGCAGUACACUUUCUGGAUGGGGAGGAAGUGCCAUUUCAAGUUGGUGAAGAAGUUCACCAGAAGAUUGACUGGGACCGUCGAUUCGAUCACAUGCAGCAGCAUUCUGGCCAACAUUUGAUUACAGCCAUUUUCGACCGGGAAUUCGGAUACAGCACCAAGUCCUGGUGGUUGGGAUCGGAAGAUUCCUUUGUGGAUUUGGAUACCAAGGACGUUACCAAGGAGCAACUGGUAAAAGUGGAGACAAUUUGCAACCAACUAAUAGUGGACUGCACCCCUGUAGAUGUUAAAGUUUAUCAACCGGAUGAUCCAGCUUUGAAGUCGGACGCGACUCGGACUCGUGGGCUUCCGGAGGACGUUAGUGGGCCUCUUCGAGUUGUGACCAUCGAUGGAAUCGAAAGCAACAUGUGCUGUGGCACACAUGUAAAAAAUCUAGCCCAGCUUCAAGCAAUUAAAUUUCUGAACGUUGAAAAAAGCAAGGGCAAAUGUCUGGUUCAUUUUCUGGUCGGAAAUCGUGUCCUGAAGAAGCUCGGAGAUUGUUACGAGCGAGAAAUUCAAUUCAACACUUUGCUAAACGGAGGACCACUGUCGCACGUGGAUCUCAUUAAGAAAAUGCAGACAACGAUCAAAAACUCGCAGAAAGUUUGCAAAAAAUUCACAAAUGAACUUGCUCUAGUAGAGGUGGCAAAAGUAAAUGCUUUGAACCCUAAACCCAGAUUCUUCAGCGUUCAUCGUCUGGACGGAAUGGACUCGGACUUCAUCGGUACCUUUUUGAGAAAUGUUAACAUGUCGGAGUGCUUCUUCUUCCUAACAAAUGGCGAUGAAACCCGAAAAGGUCAGAUGGUACUCCAAGGAAAGCCGGAUGAUAUUGCCAAGAUAGGAGACGCAAUUUGCAAAGCUCUGGAUGGAAAAGGUAGUGGCAAAGGUACCAGAUAUAAUGCCAAAGUGAACAAUUUGAAAGCAAUCCCGGAAUGCGAACAAAUCCUUACAGAGCACUUUGGAUAAGAGAAUGUUUCGGAGAAAUAAAUAGCCAGUCAAACUAUAUAACCCACUUGAGGUUUCAAUAAAGUUUUACUAUUAGCUUUUUGUUGAGGGCAAUUGUUAA